AUGCCAUCCAACCCGCAGUCCCCGUCGCGAUCUACCCUCUUAAAAAAGGCAUCACGCUACCGCAUGCUUUCAGCCCUUCUAUCCAUACUGGACAGAUAUUUCUCCUGGCCUCUCCCCCCAAGACCAAAGCUUGAGAUCGCCAUCCCCUCCAAAAUUAGCAAAUGCCCUGGUCCAAUAGACCUCCACAUCUUCACCGCACCUUCAAACCCCCUCUGUCCCCGAAACCAAACUGCCCAACCCCCCCCUCGCCCAGUACUAAUCAACUUCCACGGCGGCGGUUUCUCAAUCGGCCACGCACAGGACGACUCCCACUGGACCGGCGCCGUGCUAAAAGCCUAUCCAGACGCCGUGGUCGUAAGCGUCAACUACCGCCUGGCCCCAGAACACCCCUUCCCGGUUGCGCUGCAAGACGGCGUCGACGCCAUCCUCUGGCUCUGGGGACAGGCGGAGAAAUACAACCUCGACAAAACGCGCUUCGGCCUGAGCGGCUUCAGCGCAGGCGGGAAUCUUGCCUUGACCGUGCCGUUCAGGCUGUAUGAAGAGCUGCAGACGCAGCGCUGGGCGUCGAAAGGGAAGAUAGAUCUCGCUGGUCUGGUUGCUUUCUAUCCGAGUGUGGAUUGGACGCGCUCGCUCCCCGAACGGGAUGCUACUGAUCCGGCUUCAGAGGAGAAAUCUUUAAUUUCGCCUUCUAUGUUCAAGUUCUUUGGUGAUUCCUAUCUUCACCACGCGGACCUGCCGAAAUUACCUGGUACGGAUAGAGUCGACAUGUCCCAUCCGUACUUGUCGCCUGGUUUAGCGCCUGGGUCGCUUUUGCAGGCGGCUUACCCGCCUGCUGUUGCUGUUUAUACUUGUGGGUUGGAUCAGUUGCUUGUUGAGGGGAACACUUUCCGUGAGAGGCUUGGUGGGUUUGUUCAGGAAGGAAAGAUGGCGAGUGUGGGUGGGUAUAUGGUUGAAGAGAAGAUUCAUGGGUUUGAUAAGAAGCCUUCGUUUUGGAGAAAGAAUCGGGCUAGAGAUAUGAUGUAUGGGGAUGCUGUUGGUCAGUUGAAGGUUAUGUGGAAGAUUGAUUGA